ACAGACUGGGACACACUUGUGGCGCGGCGGGCAGCUGGGGGCGCGCGUCUGGCUGUCAAGGGCACAGUGCAGCGGCGGAGGCAGAGGGGAAGGUGGCGGUUGCUGCUGGUGGUUGCUGUGGUGUCGGUGGCGGUGGUGUUGGUGGUGGUGGUGGUGGUUGUGGUGGUAAAUGACUAUUGGCUUGGGUAAUAGUGGUGCCAGAAUAGCUUAUUGACCAAGAACGACCAACGAGGUGAUUGCGGCUAGGUCGCUCAUGCAUGCUUUCAUAAGGCAUUAACACUAUAAAGGGAGCAUUAAAGAGCGUAAGAGCUGUUUCCGUAUCGAAAAUCUGUUAAUCGCCUUGAUCAGGAAAUACUAUUCCUCAGCCUCAUUAUACAGUAGGUCCAGAGACUUACAUUUUUGAACACAGGUAAAGUUGACAAUGUCAACUUUGACCGUGACCGUAACAGACCAGUUGUGACAUUACAUGCCAUGUAGUGUCACAACCGGUAGGGACGACGAAGUAUGUACAAACACCAUCAUUCUAUGACUUGGCAACAUUUUCUUUGAAGGGGAUGAAAAAAGUUUGAUCAAGGCCUGGCAAGUAGAGAUAUCUAAUAGGAAUUUUCCUCAGUUCCUAAUCGCUUUUAGGCAUGCAUGAAAACGCCUCUUUCGAUCCUCUUAACUUUUCGUGACGUGCCAAGCAAUUAAUUAAGGCAAUGUACAGCGUUAAUAAAAAGUGUCUGUUGUCGGAUCAAAACUUGGCAGGCUUAUAGUCGGUAAAAUUGUAAUCAAACUAAGCUUAUCUGCUCCGUCGAUAUCAUACAUGGACGGUGAAAUCGUGCAAUAGAUACACUCGUGGUCGCUAUUACUCGCAUGAGUGCUGUAGAAACACACAAUCCCAUCUGUAUAUAUGUGAUCAUCGGUCAUAAUAAAACACUUCAAGUGGAGGGUAAUGUAUCAUCCAAUGUAAUAGGUCAAAGCCAGGCUGAGCGUGAUUUACGAUUUACGCUCUUGUCGUGACCAUUGUGAGUUAAAUAAAAGUUAAACUAGAUCUUAAAUGGUAACGGGAGCAUUCUCAGUGGAGCUUGCUUUUCUUCAAGAAAUAUGUUCGACAAGUACAAUAAACUACAUGCUAUUGCUUAGGUAUGCGCUUGCUUAUAACAUCAUAACAUUACCGAAGCUAUUGAUUGGUCGCAAUUAUUAUUGCUCGUUCCUGAGUGUCCAGGAUAUUUUUACUAGGUAUACCUAAUUACCGUACACAUCUGGAGAACCUAGAUAAGCAUGGAAACUUGAGAGGUGUUAAAAACUUGCUCGAAUAUUUCUUUGACGGCAAACACCACGUCUCUCCGUUGGCUUAUCGUUGAGUAUUUUGGAUGCUGGCUGGUUGCACUCACAUGCCAUUUCCUCUGCUUUCAGGUUUGAGGAAAGGAUGCAGUGACACAUUUCGGCCUCCUAUCUCUCCUUUCUCUUGAACCACAUCUCUGCGUCUUGCCCACUCACCCUCUCGUUCCACUUCAUUUUCCUAUCUUCCUCUGCGACCGAUUCCAGUCCAGACAGCUCUUUCUGGCCGCCCUUUGCUGGCCGCCAGCACCUCAACAGCAGCACCGUCUCGAGUCGCCCUGCGAACCUGUGAAGCUACCGGCAGCCGACCGUCGGCCACAAAACGCCAGCAAUGUUCGGAAUGUUCAACCCAAUGAGCGCCGUCACCAGCCAGCUGCCCGGCGGUGGCGGAGAUGACGAAGGAGACAAGGAGAAGGAGGAGGAGGCAGAGCGAGAGAGACAGGAAGCCAUCGCAGAAGCAGAGGAGAGGAGGAAGGACAAACACCGCAAAAUGGAAGAGGAGCGGGAAACCAUGAGGCAGGGCAUCAGAGAUAAGUACAACAUAAAGAAGAAGGAGGAGGUGGACCCGAUGAACAUGGAGCCGGACAACCCGCUGAUGCGGAAGAAGAAGACGCCCGAGGAGCUGGAGAAGGAGGCCGAGAUGGCUGACCAGGACGAGCUCACCAAGUUGAAAAACACUUUGGAAAAUCAAGUAGGAGACAUAAAACAGCAAAUUGAAGACAAAUGGCGGUCAAUUCACGGGAAAUGCUCGCUGCAGUAGGCGCCGCGGCGGCCGACGGCUCUGCGGAGGACGCCGCGCGGCACCGCUGCCGCCCGACCGGCCAGCUCAGUGUUAGUCAGUGCCUAUACUUGGUUGAGCGUGUUCUGUUGACGCCCAACUCGGCGCGCGAACAGCUGGUGGCGGCUGGGGCCUGUGCAGAUCAGGUCAGGUCAGGUCGCGCUCCGCCAGUCUGGAGGAGACAUGAAGACGGAACCGCCGCGGUGAGGACGGCUGGUGCCCUGCCGACGCCGGCGGGCCGCGGGGAAGACGUGCACGUCAAGAUCGAAGUCAGGCUUGUGAGCGCCUUCGCUGGCUGCCGAGGGCGGAAGGACGUAUGGACGCGCUGGUCCGGCCCAGCGAUAGUGAGUGUCCCUGUAGGCAGCUCGAGGUAGCUAUGUGGUCGUGCCAUGCCUAGCUUCUCUCAUAUCCUCGCGCUGUAUUGCGUACGCUGGCGACUCCUGCUCCAUUUCGUUUCUCGGCUUAUUGAUCGCGUCUUCAGCGCUCUGUGGUUCUUGGUCUGGUUGCGUGGGUCUGAUAGCGGAGUAGCUUUCAGCUUCCUGACACUUUCAAACAGAUGAAUUGUCUCUCACGCAUCUGUUGUUCUGCCGCUGUAAUGACAGGCUCGGCGCGGACGCUCGAUAGGCUCGAUAGGCUCGUGGCGUGCUGUUUGUGACCGGUAUUCCCGCCCCUGGUCGAGGCCAGACUGGUGUAGGCAAGAUGUAUCGUCCGUGCAGUGUCAAUAGCAGUCCUGUAGGAGGCAUAACGGAUGAGGAGCGCAACGCACGACAAGGACUGGCUUCCUGGACUCUUCCUACAUCAACUAACACGUUCCUAUUUAUGUUAAACGCACUGUUGACCUGUUUCGGCUUUUAUUUUCUGUCCAUCUGUUUGGGCUAUGUGGCCCACUUCCAACCAGUGACAGGGGGGGCACGUCAUUUGUUUGCACAAAGGCACGUGCACGCACAGCGUAGAGGGCCGUUGCACGUGCGUUGACCCCGCGUCAGUCGGGGAAGGUGUGUGAGCUAGUGAUACGUCUAUCCGGGGGUGUUUGGGUAGGUGCCAGGUAGACACUGCGUAGCAGACUUGUGGUAAUUUGGCGUACGUUAGCAUCUGUGAUGCCUCAAUAAGAUGUUGUGCCCAUUAGUGACGCUUAGGGAGUGUAACAGUGAUAUAAUACGACGCGGUGGCUGUUUGAGCUAAUUAGAUGAAUCAUUCGCAAACAGAAACAUUCCUCGUCAUAUUGGAUUGCCCAGCUGACAGUCAGAUCUUAUUGACAGCUAUUUACUUUGAAAUAUUUUUCGCUUCUUUUGGAGUUCGUCAUCUGUUUGCUAUUGUUUCUGGCAAUUUAUUGUGCUUUGUAAUAAAAUGAUAAUUUAUGGUA